AUGGCAUCUUCGGGUAGCUUUGGAUUCUCUGUUAGUUUAGUGGAUGUUGCCUCAGAACCUGAACAAUCUGUGGGGAUCCAAGAUGAUAAACUCUCCACUUUUCCCUCUUUACCAAGAUUAUCAUUAACUGCUAAUUCUGGUGGCCUGGACCUUUUUAAUCCAUCCUCUGUACCACAAACUAUUAGUUCAACAUCUUCGGCUACUGAUUUAUUUCAGUUUCCGGAGGCACUGUUUAAUCCAUCUGUAGAUUUGUUUCAGCCAUCACCUAUCUCUGCAGUUCCAACUUUGAAUUCAAAGCAGCCAUCCCAAAUUUCUACAUAUUCAUCUGUAGGCUUUUUCUCUGAGAUGCCUCAGCAACAGGCAGCUGCAUCCUUGAAUGAAUCAUCACUAGGUGUGAUUAAGAAUGAAGGAUGGGCGACCUUUGACAUGCCACAGCACUUGGCACCUCGUCUGGGCAUUGAAAAUUCUAUACCUGCAACAUUACCUUCUUCUGAUGGUGGUACUCUGAGGACCGUUGACACACUUUUAUGCCUGGAUACAAGCCUGAAGUCGCCAGCAUUUCAUAAUUCAAGCGCUCAUGAAACUUCUUCAUCCAUACCUGAUCUAUGGCCAACCUCCCAUGAUGCAACCAACACUCAGUCAUGGAACGCAUUUGAUGAUUCCAUUGGUCAUCCAUCCUUCCUGAGCACUCAACAUGCUAGCAAACAAGUUGCGAUGGACAAUCUCCCUCCUAUUUUUGAUCAGCAUCUGGGUGUAAGAGCCUCGGAGGACAUAGAUAAAGAUGGAAUUCAAGGAACUGGUUCUGAGAGUGGACACCCUAUUCCCAGUAUACCAUCACAGGCAGAAACACAUUCACAUGCAACUGAUCGCAAAUCCACCAACCCAUUUGAUCUUCCCUAUGAUUCUGACUUGGAAUCCAAUGAUACGGUAUGUUAGAUGUAUAUUUCUGAUAGGAAAUUUUGG